UUGUUUCCGUCCGGAUUGUCUCCCGGUGUCAUGACGUCAUGACGUCAGCGUGCUAGCAGGAAGUAGACGGAGCCGAGCGCGUGUGGAGGAAACGUCUGUCCGUGAGUUCGUGAACAUGUGUAACGUCCCAGAGCUGAUAUGUUUAGUGAACCAGCGACUGACUGCGGCUGCUGGAGAGAUAUGUGGGCUGUUUGAAGACACAGCAGAGCACGAGGAGGAACUGACUAGUUUAAAAGAGGAGCACGACGCCAUGUUCAACCCCGAAGUCCGGUUACAACGAGCAGAUGUCCAGCAGCUGUUGGUGACUAAACCAGAGGUUCCCUCUGAGCAGCAUGACUGGAGCUCCAAUCUGGACCAGGAAGACGCAGAGCCCCCACACAAUAAAGAGGAACUGGAGGACCCAGAGCCCCCACACAUUAAAGAGGAACUGGAGGACCAGGAGGACCCAGAGCACCCACACAUUAAAGAGGAACUGGAGGACCCAGAGCACCCACACAUUAAAGAGGAACAGGAGGACCCAGAGCACCCACACAUUAAAGAGGAACAGGAGGAACUCGGGAUCAGUCAGGAAGGAGUGCAGCUUCAAGCGCUGGAGGAGGCUGGUAUCAAGUUUCCAUUUGCUCAGUUCUCAAAGUCCACUAAAAAAACAAAACAUUUGGAAACAGAAAGAGAUGGAGAGGAAGACGGAUCCAGAUCAGAUCCAGAUAGUCCUUUACAACCGACUGCUGAUGAGACUUCCCAAUCCUCUGAAUGUGAGACUGAUAACAGUGAUGAUUGGAAGGAGACUCAGGAACCUCUGUCUCAUUUAAACCCUUUGCAAAACAAUGAAGUACUUGAAAGUGAUGUGGACUGUAAUACUGGAAAAACAUCAAUUAGCUCCUCUGGAAGCUUUGGCCACAAGAGACACUCUGGAGUCAAAACAGGAGAGAAACUAUUCAGUUGUUCAGUUUGUGGUAAAACAUUUAAACAAGCGCACAGUCUGAAACUACACUCAACUGUCCACACUGGAGAGAAACUAUUCAGUUGUUCAGUUUGUGGUAAAACAUUCAGACGAGCACGCAAUCUGAAACGACACUCAACUGUCCACACUGGAGAGAAACUAUUCAGUUGUUCAGUUUGUGGUAAAACAUAUAGACAAGCGCACACUCUGAAACGACACUCAACUGUCCACACUGGAGAAAAACUAUUCAGUUGUUCAGUUUGUGGUAAAACAUUCAGACAAGCACGCAAUCUGAAACGACACUCAACUGUCCACGCUGGAGAGAAACUAUUCAGUUGUUCAGUUUGUGGUAAAACAUUCAGAAUAGCGAACGCUCUGAAACUACACUCAACUGUCCACACUGGAGAGAAACUAUUCAGUUGUUCAGUUUGUGGUAAAACAUUCAGACUAGCGCACAAUCUGAAAGAACACUCAACUGUCCACGCUGGAGAGAAACUAUUCAGUUGUUCAGUUUGUGGUAAAACAUUCAGACGAGCACACACUCUGAAACGACACUCAACUGUCCACACUGGAGAAAAACUAUUCAGUUGUUCAGUUUGUGGUAAAACAUUCAGACUAGCGCAGAGUCUGAAACGACACUCGACUGUCCACACUGGAAAAACAAAUUAGUGGUAAAUUUUUCUUUAAAACAAUUCUCUCUUCUCUGUGAUUUAAAGCAACACUAUGUAACUUUUGCAUCUUAAAAUAACAGCUUGAA